AUACUUCAAACAAUUUCUCUAAGCAUUUUUGUUUUGUUAUUAACAAGACUAACAUACACAAGGUGUUAGUAUUAAGAAGAAGGAGGAAAUAUAAGAGGGUGGCGGGCGUGACGUCACGACCACACGUGCACAAGGCGUCUGCUACUUGACAACAUUACCUCACUACCUCCAUAUUCUCAACCUCUAUAUCGCUUAGAAGCAAUUAAGGUCAAAGAUGUCAUGGCUAUUUGGGAUGAAUCAGCGACCACAAGACUUUUCUCAGUUUGUGCCACCACCCGGUGCUGUAGGUGGUGGGGCUCCGGAUGGAUCAGGGGACUCUGGUGAUGGCAAGGGCAAGAGUGGCGCUAUGGAUGCCUAUCGGUUUGACUCUGCGGCACUAGAGCGUGCUGCCAAAGCUGCUAAGGACCUAGAAUCCUCAAAAUUUGCUAAGGAAGCUUUGGAAUUGACAAAACUCCAGGAAGAAACGAAGCAGAGGGAACUUAUAGGAACUGCAAAGGAAAUGGAGUUAAGAAUAGAGGCAGCUAAAGCUGAAGGAAAGCGAAUUGAACAGGAGGAAAGACGAAAAACACUUCAGGAACAGUCAAAAUUGGAUCAACAGAAAUCCCAAUAUCAAGACCAGCUAGCUCGUAAAAGGUAUGAAGACCAGUUGGGGCAACAGCAGAGGAUGAAUGAGGAGAAUUUGAAAAGGCAAGAAGACUCCGUAGCUAAACAAGAAGCUAUGAGGAAAGCUACCAUAGAACAUGAGCUAGAGCAGCGGCAUAAAUAUGACAUGAAGCGUUUGGAAGCCGAAAUGGGAUCUAAAGCGAAGAUAGAAAGAGAGAACCAGGAUUUAACACUUGAACAAAUUCGAGUGCGGGCAUCUGAGGAUCGGGAAACUACGCUGAAAUCUUUGGUAGAAAAACGAGAAACUAUCCUAUCCUCCAUAAAAACAGCAAGUACAGCAAUUGGAACUGGUUUAGACACAUUUCUAAGUGAGCCAGCCAAGAUUCGAGCAGCAGUUGGUGGAUUAGUUGCUCUUACUGCAGGAUAUUAUGCUGCCAAAGGUUCAUUAGGCAUUGUGUUUAGAUUUGUGGAAGCCAGGCUAGCAAAGCCUGCUUUAGUUCGUGAAACAUCGAGGUUCAGCCCUUUUGAAGCUGUUCGUCAUCCAAUACAAACUUUUAAGAAAAUGCAAAAGAAACCCGAGGAUGUUUUAGAAGGCAUAGUUCUCAAUCCAAGUGUUGAAGAAAGAGUUCGAGACAUUGCUAUAGCUACCAAAAAUACCAAAUAUAAUAAAGGAAUGUACCGAAAUAUCCUUCUUCAUGGGCCACCAGGCACUGGAAAGACCCUCUUUGCAAAGAAACUUGCAAUGCACUCUGGUAUGGACUAUGCCAUCAUGACUGGAGGGGAUAUUGCACUUCUUGGCAGAGAAUCAGUUGGUGCUAUUCACAAGGUAUUUGACUGGGCAUCCACAUCACGCAAGGGUCUUGUUCUUUUUAUUGAUGAAGCUGAAGGGUUCCUUCGGAAACGCCAUGAAAACAUUAGUGAAGAAUUACGGAUGUCUAUAAGUGCAUUCUUAUACCGGACAGGCACCCAGACUGACAAGUUUAUGAUGGUGUUGGCUUCAAACACCCCUGAGGUGCUCGACUUUGCUGUAGUUGACAGAGUCCAUGAACCUGUUGAGUUCCCUCUACCUACUUUAGUGGAGCGAGAACGGAUAAUCAGACUGUAUUUUGAGAAGUAUAUUCUCUUACCAGCUUCUGAAGGCAAGAGGAGAUUAAAAGUAGCAGAGUUUGACUACAGUAAAGCAUGUUCAGCUGUGGCCAAAAUUACUGAAGGCAUGUCAGGCAGAGAAAUCACUAACUUGGCAUUAGACUGGCAAAUGACAACAUAUGCAUCCCUUCAAGGUGUUUUUACAGAAGAAAUUAUGCGACGUAGAGCAGAAGCAGCUGUUCAGCAUAAGAAAUAUAAGGUCUCUUGGCGAAGUUCUCACGAAGACAAGAAAACAAUGUUCAGCGCUGCAGUCAUAGCCGCUGUAGGAGGAGCCACAUCUGCAAAACCUGACACUGUUAGCUGAAAAAAUGUUCUAAUCUAGGAUUAAAAUUAUCACAGCUAAAAAAUAUAGAUUGAACCUGUCUUAUAUAUGAAGAAUACUAAUGGAACAAUAAAACAUGUGAAUGAUCAACACAAAAAUCUAUAUUAUCACUGGCAACAGGUAAUUAGUCUAUAAAAAAAGAUGCCUCAUGAUUGUGCUACAUCCAUUGAAUCUGUUAAAGGAAUUGUUAAUAAUAAUAGUUAUCCAGUUACAUGUAAUUUGUGCACAUUAUGAAAUACCUGUAAAAGUUUUUUUUAGUAAAUUAGUAUUUGAGCAAUCUAAAAAUACUAAAUAAUAGUAAAUAAAAUAUCCCAGAUAAUUAUAUCCUAGAAAUAUUUGUUGUCUUGCUCAUGCACGUGUAAAAUGUACAAAAAAGAAGCAAUCUUGAAAUGUAUUGUGCAAAAAAAAAAAUUGUGCAGAAGCAUUCCAGAAUUAGCCAUUGCUGGUGUAUAUUUAAGAUGAUGAUGUGUGCAUGCUUCUCAGUUAUACCAUUGUUUCAUAAUGGUAAAAUAUAAUUGGGUUUUAUAAUUCUACAAUGAACAAAUUGUAUACGUACAAAACUUUUUAUAUUUCUUUAUUGCUGUAUGAAGUACAGUUUAAUUAAUAAUUUUGUAGAUCAUCAUCAUAAAAACUUGUAUAAUAGGUUUGAAAUUGUAAAAUAUGAUUGUAUAGAUGGUUUAAUAAAUUGUUGAUAUUUUA